AUGCCAACCAAGAAACCUUCCACCGCCGUCACGCAAGGAGCCGUUCAGCCCUCUUUACUUGCUGGUUCACCACCACCUCCUGCUCCAACAGCUGCGUCGAAUGAGGACACAGCAGCUCAAGCUGAGCUAACACAAGUGACUAACGACGACGACGACGACGACGAGCAAGCGGAUGCCGCAGCAGCUGAGCAGGGCGAAGAAGCCACAACACCCGCAGCACCAGAGGUAGAAACGGCCAUGACAUCGACUCAACCUCCCUUACCCGACGAACCUGCUCCUCCCGCAACGGGCGUGCAUAAAGGCCGGGACCCGAAUUGGACAGCCGUUUGGGAUCCAACGUCAGUUCGCACCAGUCUUGCUGCAGGGGUAACACCCCAUUUGGUCGUACUGAUGAGAUGAAUCGCACCGAUUCGAACAGCGCACAAGCCUACUACUUCCACCACACGCUCACGGGCGUCACGCAAUGGACGAACCCCUUCGAAGCACCCGUCGACUCGACACCCACCACACAACCCACCGCAGGUCCUUCCACAACAACCGCAACAACAACAGCAGAUGCACAAGACGACGAUCCCAACUCGCACAUCAAUUACCGAGGCAUCGACCCGGACUUGGCGUUCCUCGAUCCGAACUUGGCGAGACAACAGACACGAGGUGGGGCCGCACCGGUGUUUCAGGCGAGGUUCAAUUCAAAGACGGGGAGGUUCCAGGUCAGUACUUGAUCAAAAGUGAGUGCUGAGAUGUGAGGUGAAGGCCUGACAGCUUCUCGGCAUUUGACGAACAGGGUGAUCCGUCCAUGGUCCCCGAUCGAAUUUCGGACUAUUCGCGCUCGUCGAGGCAACAACAAGCCUUCUACGACACCAACGCCUGGACCGAAUCCCUACAAGGACGAGGACUCUACCAAGGCCAGCAAGAUGAGGUCGAGGAGCAAGGUGGUAGGAAGAGGAAGCCGAGUUCGAAGGAGGUGCAGGCGUUCAAGGAUAAGAAGGAGCAGAAGAAGAGGGCAAAGUUGAUGACGUUCCUCAAGAGCUGA